GUGGUGACAAUGCCAGAAUACUUGAAGAAGCGGUUUGGUGGUCAAAGGAUUCAAAUCUACCUGUCAGUUCUUUCUCUGCUCAUCUAUGUUGCCCUGAGGAUCUCGUCAGACAUAUUCUCUGGAACAAUAUUCAUCAACUUGGCCUUGGGAUUGAAUCUUUAUCUGGCUAUAAUACUCCUAUUGGCUAUUACUGCAGUUUAUACGAUCACAGGUGGCCUUGCAGCUGUGAUUUACACUGAUACUUUACAAACCGUUAUCAUGCUGAUAGGAUCUUUCAUUCUUACGGGAUUCGCCUUUGCCGAAGUGGGAGGAUAUGAGGCUUUCACAGAGAAGUAUAUGAAUGCCAUUCCAUCCAUAAUCCAGAAUGGAGAAACGACUGUUGAUGCAAAAUGUUAUACCCCUCAAGCAGACUCCUUCCACAUCUUCCGGGAUCCCAUUACUGGCGAUAUCCCCUGGCCAGGAGUUAUAUUUGGAAUGACCAUUGUUGCUCUUUGGUAUUGGUGUACGGAUCAGCUGAUUGUACAGCGCUGCCUCUCAGCCAAGAAUAUGUCUCACGUGAAGGCCGGCUGCAUCAUGUGUGGGUACCUGAAGCUGCUCCCCAUGUUCCUGAUGGUGAUGCCUGGAAUGAUCAGUCGGAUUUUGUACACAGACAAGGUGGCCUGUGUGGUACCUUCAGAAUGUAAGAGACACUGCGGCACUGAAGUUGGAUGUACAAACAUUGCCUACCCAACACUGGUGAUAGAGCUUAUGCCCAAUGGACUACGAGGUCUAAUGUUGUCAGUUAUGAUGGCUUCUCUCAUGAGUUCCCUGACCUCCAUUUUCAACAGUGCCAGCACCCUGUUCACCAUAGACAUCUAUACCAAAGUCCGAAAGAAGGCAUCGGAGAAAGAGCUCCUGAUAGCAGGAAGGCUGUUCAUCAUUGUAUUAAUCGUUAUCAGCAUUGCAUGGGUCCCUAUGGUACAAUCGGCUCAAAGUGGACAACUCUUCCAUUACAUAGAGUCCAUGUCUAGCUAUCUUGGACCUCCAAUCGCUGCUGUCUUCCUUCUUGCUAUUUUCUGCAAGAGAGUUAAUGAGCAGGGUGCCUUCUGGGGACUGAUCAUUGGACUUGUGUUAGGGCUGAUUAGAAUGAUCACGGAGUUUGUGUAUGGGACAGGAAGUUGUAUGGGUCAUUCCAAUUGCCCUUAUAUUAUCUGUGGGGUCCAUUAUCUUUACUUUGCUAUGAUCCUCUUUGCCGUGGUCAUCAUCAUCAUCCUGGGAGUCUCUCUAGUAACCAAACCUAUUCCUGAUGUACAUCUCUAUCGCCUGUGUUGGAGUCUGAGAAACAGCAAAGAGGAACGCAUUGAUCUCGAUGCAGAGGAAGUCUGUGAAGAAGCUGAUGGAAGUCUUCAGGAAGAAAGUGAACUAUUGCUAUUUUCCCUUGAUGUAGAAGUUCCUGAGGAAAAUAAAGGGUGCAUCAAACGUGCCUAUGAUUUAUUCUGUGGUUUGGAUAAAAAGGAAGGCCCCAAGAGGACUGAAGAAGAGGAGAAAGCCAUGAAGAUAAAGCUGACUGACACUUCAGAGAAGCCCCUUUGGAGAAACAUAGUGAAUAUCAAUGCCAUUAUUCUCCUGGCAGUUGCUGUCUUCCUUCAUGCUUACUAUGCAUAA